UUGUGUCCUUUUCAAAAUGGCUGCUGGAGUAACUUCAUUUGACUCGAGCUCAUUUGGAGGUUGUGAUAAAGAUUUACCAGGAUUUCAGCCCGCAUCUUCUUCCACUCAGGCGGCACGGAGCACUUUAGUGUCGGCGGAAGUUCAGUUCAGUCGCUGCUUCAACAAACUAAAAGUCCUGAGAGCCUCCGACAGUCCGGGUUUCAGAACCGAGCUGAACCUGCUGUUCGACCAGCUGAUCUCUGAAAACUACAGCAGCAGCUUCACAAAUGAAAACAUACGACCACAAGAUGUGUGUGCGCUGCUUGUGCACGCAAGCCAAUUGGUGAAUCACAGCCAAGAACACCUCGUUGUCAAACUGUGCCAGUUGAUUCACCAGCUUCUGAACCAGCUACAGGUUAUUGUGGAUGAACAGGCAUUGGAUGCACUUGUGUCAUACUGUAUACGCGCUCUGCACACAUGCAGCCCAUGGACACACACCGAGGUCUUGCUCGCGCUCUCCUCAGUGCUGUACGCCAACGGAGCCAGGUGUCACCGGCACCUUCCAGAUCUUCUUGGGCAGAAUGGUAUUCUUCUGAAGUAUGGUGACCCUGGUCAGAGUGAUGUCGAGCUCAGACGCUCUGCUGUACACUGCGUGGCCAACCUUUGUAUCAGUGUUCCUGGUCAUCCCUUUUUGGAAGAACCGUACAAAGGAGUGUGUUACAGAAUGUUCCUACAGACUCUUCAGUCACGAAAGCCACCCAACGUGGAAGAUCUCGUCUUCUGUACGUUGUUACAAAGUGCCCUGAAGGGGAUGCAGUGUUUCCUGAAUGGUGGAAAGUGGAAGGCUGGUCCUGAUCAGGACCUGGGCUCCCUGUUGGCUGUGCUCAAGAAAUUCAUGUUUCAUGGACUGCCAGGGAUAAAUGUAGAAAUGCCUCCGGUUCUGUAUCCAGCGCCUCUCCCUCAAUACGACGCUGUUCCUGUGGCCGAACCCGAACCUGCACAGGACACGCCAGCUCAGAGGAAAACACCAGCGUCCCAACAGAACAAAAAGCGAAAGUCUCGCGGGAAAGGGAAGAAAGCCCGAGAAGAGAAGACGACGGAUGAAGCAGCGGACGAGGGCGAGGGUGAGGAUGAGGAGCCGAAUACCAGGCCUGUCAGGAACGGAGCGAGUGAAGGACCAGGACGACGGGAUCUCCAGACUGUCUGGCCUCAAACUUCGACUGAACUUAAUCCGCCUCUGCAGCCAAGACCAAGCCCCCAACUCUACCCGUCCUGGAAGAAAGGGAGCUCUGACUCGGAGUUCUCCGAUCCUGAAGGAGGAAUGAUGUCCAAACUCAGGCUGUACCUGGCUCGAGUGCGACAGAGCGCUCUGCACUGUUUCCUGGCCGUAGUGAAGUGUGUGGAAAAAAGGGUUUUGUAUGGCUACUGGUCCUCCUUCAUCCCUGACGCUCCAGGCAUCGGAAGUCCUCCUUCGCUUACCCUCGUCACCAUCGCUCUUAAAGACCCGUCCCCGAAGGUGAGAGCAGCGUCGCUGCAGGUGCUGUCCGCGCUUCUAGAAGGCUCUCGGCAGUUUCUCUCAGCAGCUGAGGAUACCAGCGCACCCCGGCAAGCCUUCACGCCGUUCUCAGCCACGCUGGCUGCCAGCUUGAGGGAGCUGCACCGCUGCCUUCUACUCGCACUCCUCGCCGAGUCUUCAUCUCAGACCCUCACGCAGGUCAUAAAGUGCCUUGCUCACUUGGUGUCGAACGUGCCCUACAGGCGCUUACGGCCAGGUUUGCUCAGCCCCCUGUGGAAACAGAUUCGCCCAUACAUCCGGCACAGGGAUGUGAACGUGCGGGUGUCCAGCCUCACUCUGCUGGGAGCCAUGCUCUCGUCUCAGGCCCCACUGCCCGAAGUGCAGCUCCUCCUGAAACAACCGUUUUCUGGAAGCAGAGAGAGAGAUGCAAACGCUUCUGCAGACGUGACGGGGGCAGAGGAGGCUCCGUGCUGGCUGCUGCAGGUGUGUGUGGCUCUGGUUACUCAGCCGAGAGAGGAUUCCUGCUCCGACAGUGAUACGACAGCAGCCACCUCUGGUUCGCUGGAGCCUUCACCCGUCCGGCUCGAGGCACUUCAGGUCCUGGCGCAUCUAGUGAAGGGCUACUUCUGUCUGGCUCAGGUGUCUCUGCUGGAGUUGGGUCAGCUCGGUGCUCGCUGUCUCCGAGAACAGGACCCGUCUGUGCAGCUACACGGAGCGAAGCUGUUGGAGGAACUGGGUACUGGAAUCAUCCAGCAGUACAGAGCUGAUCCCUCGACUUCUGAGAGCGUCAGUCCUGUGCCAGUGAGCCUGGUGGUACAGUUCUGGUCUGAGGUUCUGACUGGUCCGUUGGUCGGAGCCUUACAGAAUGAGCAACAUCCGACUUUACAGACUAGCGCAUGCGACACGCUGUCCUCCAUCUUACCACAGGCCUUCAGUCAGCUUCCGGACAAGACUCAGGUUCUAUGCAUCACAGUAUUGCUUGGGCUGACGUAUAGCGAGAACUCCUUGGUGAAGGCAGCAGCAGUGAGGGCUCUUGGUGUCUACAUUCUCUUCCCCUGUCUCAGAGAGGACGUGAUGUUUGUGGCAGACACAGCUAAUGCCAUCCUCACCGUUCUGGACGAUCGCUCACCCAAUGUCCGUGCCAAGGCUGCCUGGUCACUAGGCAAUCUCACUGACACACUCAUCGUCAACAUGGCGUCCGUCGGACUGGAGUUUCAAGAAGAGCUCUCUGACAUGCUACUUCUAAAGAUGCUCAGAUCUGCCACCCAAGCAUCCAAUGACAAGGACAGGGUAAAGAGUAACGCAGUGCGAUCUCUGGGGAACCUGCUGCACUUCCUGCAGCCGGUGCACCUGAGCAAGCCAGCGUUUGUGCAGCCUCUUGAUCAGGCCAUGAGAGCGCUUAUAAAUACAGCCAGAGGAGAUGCUACCAUGAAGGUGCGCUGGAACGCCUGUUACGCUCUGGGGAACGCUUUCCAAAACCCUGCCUUGCCUCUUGGCACUGCCAGCUGGUCUACAGAGGCGUACUCUGCUCUCUCGUCCAUCGUCACGUCCUGCAAGAACUUCAAAGUCCGCAUCAAAUCCGCUGCCGCGCUGUCUGUCCCCGCUGAACGGGAGCACUAUGGAAACGAGCAUCAGUUCGCUGAAGUGUGGCGAGCCUUGGCCCAGGCUCUCGAACAUAGCGAAGAAACCCAGGACUUUCUUGAAUACCGCUACUGCGCCAGCUUGCGUUCGGAGCUCUGCCACGCCCUGCUUCACCUCCUGACCCUGUGCCAAACUAGAGAUCUGCCUUCAAUCGGCGCAUCGCUGAGCAGCCAGUCGAGACCUGCGCUGCACGGCUUCUUGGUUCAUUACCUCACUGACGUUCCUUCGGUUUCUGCACACGGUGUCAUUGGUGGAGAAGGUACAGGAUGCCAGACGGAGCCUACAGACAGACUGAAGCUGCUGGAUCAGACCCUGAUCAGACUGAAGGAGCCGGAAGAGGAUGUUAAUAAAACUGGAAGCAGGUCUGAUCUUGACACAGUGAUUGGAUUUUUAGAGGAAGUUAUGAAGACUUGCAAAAGGUUGAAGGUGUCCGAAGGAACGGACACGUCACGGAUACAGUAACUCGCCGUAGAAGCUAUCCUGUACAUUUCGCAGUUAUAGCAACGGAAACAAAUUUCCGCUUUGGUGGAUCUGCCACUCAUAAAUACAUAAACACGAAACUCAGUUUAUAUAAGAUGUUUAGAAAAUGUAUUGUGCUACAGGUUUAUUCAAAUGAGCCUCUUUGAGCUUGAUUUAAUAAAAAAAAUGUUGAAUUCAAGAUGUAACAUACAUUUGGCACUUUAUUAGGAGCACUUGCACGCCCAUCCGUUCAUGCAGUCGUAUCCAGUCAGCAAAUUGCGUGGCAAGACUGAUGACAAAAGACCAGACGACAUUUUGCCUGAUUUUCGGUUUCUGUAGCAUCAGAUUCCUGACAGGAGUGGAACCUGAUGCGUCUUCAGAUGGAAAUGUGAGGAAACGGUGUAAACUUGUGGAAGCAGGAAUGCUUGACUGAAGCCAGAUAGAAGGAACAAUAAAGUUUUUUCAAGUGAAGGUUAUGGUACUGGUUUGUGUGUCUGAGAUGUGAACAGCAGAGGGCGAUAUAGAGCUAUGAGUUCAAGCCGAGGUUUUUCAUUUAAUGUGUUUUAUCAUAAGGAAUUAAAAAUAAACAUUUGUUU